AUGGAACCCGGCAAUUUGUCUGCUGACCCAAGCAGCUCAGAAUCUGAGAGUUCAAAUUCUCGAGAAGAAACAAUCAAUGAGCACCGCGAAUUUGCUAACUGUACCUCAUCCUGACAGAACGAUUUCCUUCUUUUUAUCAAGAUGGGAGUUAAAAAAUUGUAAAAAAAGUAUUAUAUUUUCUUUUUAUUAAUUCAUAUAAUUAUAUAUAUUAAAAAAUUUUCCAUAUAAAAGAUAUCAUCGUGAGUGGUUAGAAGCAUAGCAUGCAAUAUGGCUAAAAUUCAUUAGAAUUGCUAACUUCUACUCCCUUUAAAUUAGUGUAAAGAAUCUUAUUCCAAUUUAAAGGGGGAUAGAUUUUUUUAAAUUUUUUAAAAUUUUGAAUUUAUAAAUUGAGGAAAUAUAAAAAUUAGUAUUUUCAUCGUUAAAAUUUUCCUAUAUUGAAAAAAAAUUUGUUCCAAUUUAAAAGACGGUCAAAGAAGAAAAAAAUCAAAUUUUAGAUAUUUUGUUACAAUUUAAAGGGGUGCGGAGUAAGAAUGAUUUAUGUGGCAAUAUCUCUUGCAGUAAUUCUUGUUUAAAGAUAGGUUGUUGGAUUCGAGAAGAAGAUUGGGAGUGAAUUUGUAUUUCUUGUUAAAGAUAGGUUGUUGGAUUCGAGAAGAAGAUUGGGAGUGAAUUUGUAUUUGAUAAUGCGAAAAUCGGUCUAUCAAAGACUGGGUUUAAUUUUUUAAUUGAAUUGUUUAAUAAAGGAUGGGAAAAUAAGAAACUUAAGACUGAGCAAUCCAAGUUCAAUAAAAACCAUAAGACUCUGCAAGAGAAGCUCAAUCAUCUCCUUCAGCAAGCAGAACAUUAUGCAAGUUUUCUCUUUUAUGGAGGCGCCACAAACAAUAAAACACCAGUCAAAAGUCCUGUCAAAAAGCGUCUUAAACGAGGCAAAGACGAAGAUGAACUUAUCCACGAAAUGAAGCAUGAGCAUCGAUUUAACAGACUUACAGCUCAGCCUACAAUAAUGAAAAAUGGAGUCUUGAGAGACUAUCAAAUUGAAGGGGUUAACUGACUCUACAGCUUGUAUCGUGCAGGAAUCAAUGGGAUUUUGGCAGAUGAAAUGGGCUUAGGGAAGACAAUUCAGUGCAUUUCUUUUCUUGCGUAUUUGAGGGAGCAGGAAGGAAUUAUAGGCCCACAUUUAAUUGUGGUACCGAAGUCAACACUGGGCAAUUGGAUUAAAGAAUUCGAAAAAUGGUGCCCAAUUAUCAGAACAGUUAAAUUGGUGGCUGCUAAACCAUAUAGAGAAGAAAUUCUUAAGAAUGAGUUAUAACUUUUACAAUGAUUUGAUUAUAUAAAUAAAAUAUAAGAAUCAAUUUUUUAAAGGAAGUGGGUUUUGAAUUCUAUAAAAACAUAAUUUUUUUAGCUUUAGAGGUUUAAUUCCAGGAAAGUUUGAUGUUUGUGUCACAUCUUAUGAAGGAAUCACCAUUUGUCAGAAUUAUCUCUUAGAUUAUUAUAGAGCAUUCCAGCCAGCUUUUUCGGCUCAUCACGUCCCUUGCUUAGCUUUACCCUCUUGCUUGCCAGUCCGAUUAAAAGGCCUGAAGGUACGUGUGCUCCUCACAAUUGAGGGCUUGCAUUUAAAACCCAAGAGUAAGGUCAGAAAUUAUCUUAAAAAAUAUAAAUGGAGAUUCCUUAUCAUCGAUGAAGCUCACAAAAUUAAAAAUGACGAGUCCAACUUAUCACAACUAAUUAGACGUCUGCAUAGUGAUAAUAGACUCUUAAUUACAGGAACUCCAUUGCAAAACAAUUUACACGAAUUAUGAAGUCUAUUAAAUUUUUUGCUUCCGGACUUGUUUAUACUUAUUUAAUUAAAUCAUUCAAGUAUAAUUUAUUCAAGCCUUAUCAGCCUAUAUUUUAUAAAUAAGAGUAGUUCUGCUUCAGAUUUUGAUGAAUGAUUCAGAUUGGGAGCUGAAGAAGGUCUCACUGAAGAGGAAAUCGAAGAUAAAAACGUAAAAAUGGUCCAGCAGCUUCACAAAAUUCUAACUCUCUCCUCCCUUCAUGAGAGAGUAACUUUUUCACUUAUUUAUGAAGGGGGUAAUGUUUUAGAUAGAAUUGAAUAAAAUUUUUAUUAUUAUAAUCAUAUAUAUCAAAAUACUUUAUUUAAAAUUCUUUAAAUAAAAAUUUUUGCUCAUUACAAGAAGGAUUAAUUUUCUAAAAAGUAGAAUUUUACAAUGAUUUUAUAUCUCACAGAGGGAAUUAAAGCCUUUUAUUUUGAGAAGGACUAAACUUGAAGUAGAAAAAGGAAUUCCACCUAAAAGAGAGAUUCUUGUAACAAUUGGCAUGACAGCGAUGCAAAGAGAUUUAUAUAAAAAAAUCCUAACAAAUGAACUAUGUAAACUCGACAAUAAAAGCCACUACUUAAACAUAGUAAUGCAACUUAGAAAAGUAUGCAAUCACCCUUUCUUAUUCCCUGCAAUGGACGACGAAAAUGCUGCUGAAGAAAAUGUGAUUUUGACAUCCGGGAAAAUGAAACUGCUUGACAAGCUCUUGCCGAAGCUCAAAGAAGGCGGAUCGCAAGUCUUGAUUUUUUCACAAAUGACUACUAUGAUGGACAUUUUAGAAGACUAUUGUGUCUUUAGAGAGUUUAAGUUCUGCAGAUUAGACGGAACAACAGAUAUUUAUGAGAGAGAAAAAAUGAUAGCAAAAUUCAAUAAGCCUAACUCAAAAUACUUCAUAUUUUUAUUGUCCACAAGGGCUGGUGGGCUUGGAAUUAACCUACUCUCUUCCCGUUUAAUUGGAACGAAAAUUCUGUUCUAAUUUAAAGGGAGUGAUCUUUUUUUUUAAAAAUAUUUAUAUAAAAAGCUUUUGCUUUUUUAAUUUUUUUAAAAAAAAAUAAAAAAUCCCAAUAUUUUUGCAUUUUAUUGGAUUUUUAUAAAUAAUUAAUUCAAAAAAAUUAAUCAAUUAAGAGUGAAAACUAUUUAUAUAAUAUUCCACUUGAAAUCCCUCCAUUAAAUAAGAUCAAAGCUAUUUAUAUAAAAAAAUUAGCAUACUUCCUAUAAAAUUUUUCCAUUGAAAAAUUAAAAUUAUGUCCCAUUUUAAAGAGGGUUAAUUUACUCAAAAAAAUAGGAAAAUUUUUACUGAUAUUUUGUCCAAAUUUAAAGGGGGAGGGGAAUUAGCAUGUGCUGAUACUGUGAUUAUUUACGACUCUGAUUGGAAUCCUCAGAUGGAUUUGCAAGCUAUGGAUCGUGCUCAUAGAAUAGGGCAAACCAAGCAGGUUAAUGUAUAUAGAUUGGUGACAAAGGAUACAUUAGAAGAAAGAAUUAUAGAAAGACAGUGCUUAAGGCUGAAGCUUGACUCUCUAAUUAUUCAGCAAGGCAGAUUAGCACCUAGACACAAGCCUUUAGAUAAAGAAGAGCUGCAAGAAAUGCUUCACUAUGGAGCUGAUGAAAUUUUCAACACUAUUGAAGAUAAUUCAGACAUUACUGAGGAAGAACUUGCCCUUAUUUUACAAAGAGGUGAGCAAAAAGUCCAAAGGAUUGAGCAAGAACUUGACAAUCAGCUUGAGAAGAAAAAAAUGAAUUUAUAUCUUAUUAAAAAGAAUAAACGCUUUAUUCUGAAUACCAAAAUUAUUCUAUGCAAAACAGAGGAUUUAUUAAAUCUUAAAAUUACCAAAAUUCUAUAAAACGAUUUAAUCGAUUUUGAAAGCAAAAUUGAUAUGUGGAAUUUUGAAAGCGUUGACUAUUCUAAAAAGAGAAGAGAAGACUCACGAGAAAUUUUACAAAAAGCAAUCCAUGAUAAGAUCUUAGAAGAGUUCAAAGAAAGAAGAGAAAGAAAACUUCAGCAAAACUACAACACAGACUCCAAAUUUAACUUUCAAAACUCUGGGUCUUCUAAGCCUAAAGAAUUCAAGCCUGCCCCUGAUUUCAGGUUUUUCGAUAAUAGACCUAGGCUAGUAGAGCUCCAGAAAAAAGAAUUCAAUAAAGAAAUAACUGAAGAAGAAAAGGCAGAACUUGAACAAAUGCUAAUGACAGGGUUUGACUGGAAUCGAAAAGAAUACAACGCAUUUUUAAAAGGCUGCGAACUCUAUGGCAAAGAUGAAUAUCAGCUGAUUUCUGAAGUCAUGGGAACUAAGACUCCAGAGCAAGUGAAAACCUAUGCAGAAGUGUUUUGGAGCAGACUUGAUGAGCUAGCCGACAAAGAAAGGAUCUUGAAAUCUUUUGAAAAACGAGAAAGUCUUGUAGAAAAACACAAGUUGUCCCAAAAAUUGAUUGACCAGAAAUUUUUGCAAUAUAAGAAUCCAUGGAGAGAGCUGACGUUUGAGUCGAACACUUCUCAUAAGUCUAGGAUUUUCACACAUGAUAAUGAUAGAUUGCUGGUGUGUAUGGCUAAAACAGUUGGGUAUGGUAACUGGGAAGCAUUGAAAAUAAAAAUUAGAAAAAGUCCAUUAUUGAGGUUUGACUAUAUGCUUAGGUCUAGAACUGCUGGAGAACUACAAAGGAGAAUUGAUAGCUUGAUCAGAAUAUUAGAAAAAGAAGGGGAAGAUAGACCUAAACCAGAAGGAAAUUCAGGAAAAAGAAAAAGAGAAGCAGCAGCCACAAACGCAGAACCUGAGCCAAGAAAGGCACUCAAGGUGAUUGAUAAUUCUGCAAUUACAAGCUUGCUUAAUAGCGUUUAA